AUGACUAAACAUACCUAUAGAUUUUCUCAUCUCCCAGGUCACACAGAACAACCGGCCUCAGGGCAGAAUAAUCCAAAUGUUACGCAAGAAUACGAUCAGCUAUCUGGUCCAUACGAUACUGUAGAUCAAUGGCUGGCACAAGAAGAAGAACUUUUAGAUGAACCAAACCUAACCAGCAUCCAACCCCAUCCCUUGCUCUACAUCCAAAGCCAAGUAAAUAUGCAUAUAAACCAAGGCUAUCGCUAUCAAUCAUCCCAAACACCAUCCGUCAAAGGCAUCACACUUUGUCCAACCAGUGAAAUUCUCCAGUCUGCCAGUCUGGAGAUCGCAUAUCACAGAGAUGAUAAUCUGGUGGUCUCUGCCCCUACAGGGUCAGGAAAGACUGUUAUAAUGGAAUUGGCAAUGUUAAGAACAAUUCUGUCCAGUAGAACGGAAGUAAAGAUAAUCUACAUGGCACCUACAAAGAGCCUUUGUUCAGAGCGAACCAAAGACUGGACCAACAAAUUCUCUCAGUUUGGAAUCACUUGCAAAGAAUUUACAGGAGAUACGGAAACAGUAUCGGUAGAAGGAAUUAAAAACAGUACAAUCAUGCAAAUUGAUGAAGUUCAUUUUCUUAAUGAGAAAAGAGGUGCAGUUCUGGAGGCCUGUAAAAUAAGCCAUUCGAUACGUUAUAUUGCUGUUUCUGCAACUGUUCCAAAUCUACAAGACAUUGCAGAUUGGCUAGAUGCAAGAGCCAUGAGUUUCUCUGAAGAAUUCAGACCUGUUCGACUUGAGAGAGUUGUACAGAGUACAAGUCCUAAAGGAAACAACAUGUUCUUAUUUGAGAAGAAUCUCGAUUGGAAACUCUUGGAUUUGAUUAACAAGUACAGUAAUAAUAAACCAGCCCUCAUUUUCUGUUCUACCCGCAAGUCUACGCAGUCAGCAUGCGAGACCCUGCUUAAGAUGAUGGAAAAGAGGAGGAUCCAGACAUUAGGACAAAACAAUCCUUGUCUUACUGAUAACCUUGUACAAAUCAAAGACAAAAACUUGGCUACUUUUAUAAACAAAGGAAUUGGCUUUCACCACGCCGGGCUGGAUUCCAGCGAUCGACAUAAUGUCGAGCAAUUGUUUAUGCAAAAAUCCAUUCGAGUCAUAGCAACAACAUCAACACUAGCAGUUGGAGUUAAUCUUCCAGCUCAUCUAGUAAUUAUCAAAUCAACCAAGGGAUACCAGAACGGGGGAUGGAGCGAAUACCCGGACCUUGAUAUACUGCAGAUGAUCGGACGGGCAGGAAGACCAGGAUUAGAUGAUUCCGGAAUUGCAGUGAUUAUGACAACAACAGAGAUGGAGUCGAGGUACAAAUCUCUUGUGUCUGGAACAAAUCAGAUAGAAAGCAGUCUUCAUGAAGAAUUGGCAGAACAUCUAUUGUCUGAGAUAUGCCUCAACACCAUUACUGAUGAUUUGAGUAGCAUUAAAUGGUUACAAUCUACAUUUCUCUAUGUGAGAGUUAAAAAGAAUCCUGCGUACUACCGGCUAAAGGACAUCAAACUAGCAAAAUCACCAGAUGCAUUGCUUCAAGACAUAUGCUUAAAAUAUCUGAGGAUCUUGGUCGAUGGUGGUUUAGUAGAAGAAGGAGGAGGAGGCUCAGGCGACUGCAGACAUUAUAGUCCAACAAUUUAUGGAAAGACUAUGGAUCAAUAUUUCAUAAAAUUACAGACAAUGUUCAAUAUUUUAAAAAUGGAAAAAUGUUUGUCAGUUCGUGAUGUGCUCUGGGUUGUUAGUAGUGCAGACGAGUUCAAGGACAUGCGCUUUAAUGCAGGAGAUAAGCCGUUCCUAAACGAUCUACAAAAGGAUCCGAAUAUUCAAUUUCAUCUCAAAGAGAGGGUAACCACCAUUCAAGACAGAAUAUUUAUGAUCAUCCAGUGCGUUCUUAGUGACGUAUCGCUCCAGGGAUCUUCUUCAGGACACAAAUUAGUCUCGGACAGCUAUCUGGCAAUCCAAUAUGCAAGCCGUAUAACCAAAGCCAUAAUCGAUUGUGCUGUUUACCAACGUGAUUCAGCCAAGCUAAGACAUUCGUUGGAUUUAUACAAAAGCCUUCAAGCCAAAAUAUGGUACAAUUCUCCAUUUGUCCUUCGUCAAAUAACCGGAAUUGGGUCCCAGGGUGUCAAGACUCUAGCAAAAAAUGGUAUCUCUAGCCUUGAACAUAUUCGCAAUGCCGAAGCUCAUCGGAUUGAAAUGGUUAUGCAUCGUCGUCCCCCUUUUGGGAAUGAGAUAAAAUCAGUAGUGAAUAAUAUACCUCGGUACUCUCUUGAAAUUAAGCAGUCCAAGGGGCGAAACAGAAACGAGCAGCAAAUAAUCUUAAACGUAACGAUCACAUUAACUAGUGUGAAUAUGAAACGCCAAAGAUAUGGAAAAGGAUUCUAUACACAAUUCUGGGCCGAAACAAAUGAGAAUGAACUCUUGGACUUUCGUCGGAUUCAGGUUUAUAAGCUUCAGAAUGGACCUCAGAAAUUUAAUAUUCGAGUAACCAUCAUGUCUCCGUCUAUAAGAAUCAUUUGUCAUGUUCAGAGUGAAGAUUAUAUUGGUGUGGAUAUCAUGGAAACAAUUAAGCCAAAUGUGGAUCCAACAAAAUUCAUUGCAAUUGCUGAGCCAUUAUUUGUCUCUCAACCAAAUUUGGCGGACACGCAAAGCAAUGACGGCCUCGAUGACCCUGGACUUGAUGCAGCAAUAUUAGAAGGCUUGAUAUGUGAGACAAUUGCAAAAGACCACGUUUCAAGAGAAUCCGAAAUAUCAACUUGCGCUCAUCCUUGUUGCAAGGUGGAAACAAAUCAGAAUAUCCCAAAGAAAAGAAAAAGAACUUGUUUGCCAGAUCCAAAGAGAGAAAAGAAUCUAACGAGUCUUCAGAACUCUCCAAAGCCAAUCAUUGUUCUUGAUGAUCACGAAGAUACAGGAAGUUCAAUUGCUGUUGUUCCUCAUCAAUCAAAUACUAGUAUUUGUGAAAGUAUAUCCGAAAACUCUUUUAUUGAAAACCUCCCACCAAAACCUAAAGAGAUCCAACCAUCGGACAGCAAUAGAGAUCAGCAAGACAUUGGUCUGAAUGAAUACGACUCAGAUGCCUUUUAUGAUUGGGAUGAAAAAUAUGCCGACGAACUGUGCAAGAUGACCGAAGACCCAAAACAAUUUCAAGCUAUUGGCACUCCAAAAGAGCUGUCAGAACCCUCAAGCAAUCCAGAAAAGCAAUUCGUUGAGGACCCUUUGGAUGAUGUAUGGGACAGAACGGGAGAUUACGCUUUUCAUGCUUUCGAAGACGCAUUCAACAAGACACACAGAGCAUUACAGCAGGACUCGGUCAGCGUACCAGAAAAUACCAAAUCAAUCGAUACCAGGGCGGGUGAUGGGUGUCCAAGAAGCAAUGAAAGUGAUUGGGGUAGCUUUGAAGAGUGGCUGUCAAACUAUGUUACUAUCAUAGAUGAACAUUAA